UGGCCACCAAAGGAUAGAAACCUCAGCAGCAUUCCUUUCCUCUUGAUCUGCAGUUAGGGUUUUGGAGCUAUUUCCAUUUUCUCUAUUAUUCUCUCCAGGAGCAGAAAAUGCAGCAGAAACAGUUUGAUGAGACUAAUAGAGGCCCUGUGCAUUCAGCCUCCUCCCGAUAGUGCCCUCUCAUACGGGGAGGCAGAGCUGGGACAGGACACUGACGUUUAGUGUGAAUGACCUCAUACUGGCAUUUCUUCUUUAAAUAAUUCUUAGCUCAUAUAGUUUAUUUUUGUUUAACCAACCCCCCCCCCCCCCACACACACACAUACACCAUAACCAGUUCAUGGUAAAAAUUUCAAGCAGUGGUAAAAAGGUAAAGUCACAAAAUUAGUGGGAAGACAGCUGCUUUUCUGAUCUUUGAUGUUUACACUUACUAAAUAGGAUAAUGAAAGCAUGCAAGGACACAGGUUUGAGUCCCUGCUCCCCACCUGCAGUGGGGACCUUCAUGAGCAGUGAAGCAGUGUCUGUAUUUAUGCUGAAAGUCCAGGUGAAUGAUGUCAUCAGUCGUCAGUACCUGAGUCAAGCAGUGGUAGACGUGUUUGUCAACUACACGAAGACAAAUUCCACAGUAACUAAAAAUAAUGGAGCAGUGUUGAUAAGAGUCCCCUAUAAGUUAGGACUCAGCUUCACCAUUGUCGCUCACAAGGAUGGCUACUUGUUGACACCUUUGCCUUGGAAGAACGGGAGAAUGCCAAUAUAUUCAUCAGUUACACUUUCACUGUUCCCGCAAAGACAAGCAAAUAUAUGGCUAUUUGAAGAUACCGUUUUAAUUACUGGAAAAUUAGCUGAUGCCAAAUCACAACCAAGCGUUCAGUUUUCAAAAGCUUUAAUUAAGCUACCCGACAACCAUCACAUCACCAACAUAACCGGCUAUCUCACAGUUCUACAACAGCUUCUGAAAGUGGACAAUUUUCUGCAUACAACUGGAAUAACUCUCAAUGAAUCAGGUUUUGAAAGCAUUGAAUUGAUUCCUCUUGCUGCAAUAUGUGUGAAAAUAUAUUCUGGAGGAAAGGAAAUAAUGGUGGAUGGCUCUAUUCAAGUUUCUCUGCCCCUUCUGCCUACGAAUGACAUCAGUGCAGGAGAUCACAUUCCUGCUUGGACAUUUGAUAUGGACAUGGGUGCUUGGGUAAAUCAUGGACAGGGAUUUGUCAAGGCAUAUAACAGUCAUUUAAUAUGGACAUAUGAUGCUCCACAUCUGGGCUACUGGAUAGCAGCUCCACUUCCAGGAACAAGAGGUUCAGGUGUAAAUGGAGAUACGAAGGAUAUAACUGCCUACCACACAGUGUUUCUGACAGCCAUAUUAGGAGGAACAAUAGUCAUUGUCAUUGGAUUUUUGACUGUACUGCUUUGUUAUUGCAGGGAUAAGUGUGGUACUCCACAGAAAAGAGAAAGAAAUAUCACUAAACUUGAGGUUCUCAAGAGAGACCAGACAACUUCAACAACACACAUAAACCACAUCAGUUCAGUGAAAGUUGCAUUAAAAGCAGAAGAUAAGUCACAAUUAUUCAAUGCCAAAAACUCUUCAUACAGCCCCCAAAGAAAAGAAACAUCAAAGGCAGAAGCAGAAGAAAGAGUUUCCAUGGUUAAAACUCGGGACCAUUUUAAAAUCUAUAAUGAAGAUGUUUCAUUUGUGUCAGUCAGUCAAAAUAAUUACUCAAGAAACCUAGCACAGUCUUUGGAGCCCAACAUGGGGCCUAAACAACCUAAACAUAUUAACAGAAAUCUAGUCUCAUCUCUUGGUGACACUCAGGAGGACAAAGGGUGUCUCCCAAGUAAUGAAGAGGUAUAUGGCCGGUCCCACAUUCCUGAACAGCUCAUGCAUAUCUACAGCCAGCCCAUUGCCAUCCUUCAAACUUCUGAUCUUUUCUCCACUCCAGAGCAGUUACACACUGCAAAGUCAGCGACUUUGCCAAGAAAGGGACAGUUAGUCUAUGGGCAAUUGAUAGAACCAGUCAACAGAGAGAACUUUACACAGACAUUGCCCAAAAUGCCAAUGCAUACUCACACACAACCCCCAGAUGCCAGGGAAGAGAAUAUUCCACUGGAAGGUCAACAGAGCUUGCCAUCUCAAACUUCAGAUUGGAGCCGCUAUUCGAACAGUUUACUGGAAUCUGUCUCUGUUCCUGGAACACUCAAUGAAGCUGUUGUAAUGACUCCCUUUUCCUCAGAACUUCAAGGAAUUUCAGAGCAGACACUCCUGGAGCUGUCCAAAGGAAAGCCCUCCCCUCAUCCCAGAGCUUGGUUUGUGUCCCUUGAUGGGAAACCAGUUGCACAAGUGAGACAUUCCUUUAUAGACUUGAAAAGGGGCAAGAGAACCCAGAGUAAUGACACAAGUCUAGACUCUGGGGUAGACAUGAAUGAACUGCACUCAAGUAGGAAACUGGAGAGGGAGAAAACAUUCAUCAAAAGCAUGCAUCAGCCCAAGAUUCUCUAUCUUGAAGAUUUAGACCUGAGCAGUAGUGAGAGUGGAACCACCGUGUGUUCGCCUGAGGACCCAGCCUUACGUCAUAUCCUUGACGGAGGGGGCGGAGCUAUCCUGGAGCAUCCUGGGGAAGAGUCCCCAGGAAGAAAAAGCAACCUUGAAGAUUUUGAAGUCAGUACAUCACCUACAAGAAAACGGGGCAGACCCUCCCUAGCCAAAAGAGAUAGCAAGACUAACAUCUGGAAGAAGCGAGAAGAACGUCCUCUGAUUCCCAUAAAUUAACAACAUGUGUGGCUGUGUCUCUGGAGUGUCGUCCUGUUGAGUCUUGCUUCUUGUGAAUUGCGGUAUAAACUUCUUAAGAAGUAGAGGUUGAGCAAUCUCAUGGUUCCUGGACAUGUCUCAAGCAGAGUAAAUAGUAAAAUGGUAGUUCAGUCAUGGAAAAGAUACCGAGAGCAUUUUUCUGGUCUGUUUCAUUUUGGGUUGUAAAAUUUGAAGCAUCUAAGAGCAUCACAUCUAAAAGAGUUUAAAGAUAUUAGUUAUCUAAAAGUUUUGCUCAUGUAGCCAAUGUAACCCUGACUCCUACAACAAACAUAGCCCUUCCCUAAAGCUUCUUCCCCGAACGUUUUCUCAGCUUUGAUGGCUCACCUGUAAAACACUUAGGAGUGAAGCUGUGUGUUUUAGGCAUCCUGUUGUGAAAUGUUGCUUUUAUAUUUCUCCCUUAUCCAUACAUGAACCACUAUAUGUUCUGAACUGGUAUUACUCUAGAAUUUAAAUGCCAAACUUUUUUUUGUUUGUUUUUCAUGAUAAACGUGUGUAACAUCCCAAAAGUAAAUUUCAUGCUUUUGUAAGGUAGACAAGAAGCUACUUGACUGUUAGAGAGGGAAGCACCAGCUUUUGGGUUGGCUUUGGCUAUAACUUAAUAGGAUAAAUGGAAGUUAUUAGUUACUUAGAAAUUAAUGCCCUGAUUUUUUUUUUUAAUACAAUGCCAGAGAUUGGAUGGAGGGUCUUACUGCUCUUCUGCUGAUGCAGCUAAACUUUCCUGGCUCACUUUUAAUGUAAUGUUAUUAUUUUAUUUUAUUUUAUUUAUUCAGAGAGAGAGAGAGAGACCACCCAUAGCACUGAAGUGUCCAUUAAUGCAGUGGGGGCCACACUGAAACCUGGGUCACAUACAUGAAAAGUGUACACUCGCAAAGUGCCACAGCCUUCAGUUGUUAGGGAGGGAGAGACACCAAAGCACAGCUCUACCCUCUGUGGAGUUGCCCCAGUCCGACCUUGAUGCCCAUGUGGUGCUGUGGAUCCAGCCCAGGCUUCACUCACAGGAAGCACUUCAUUCCCUUGCCCCACUGAUCUUUUUUUUUUUUUUUUUUAAUUCCCAAUUUUCUUCCUCUCCAAAAAACAAGCAAACAAACAAAAAUGUAGCUUAGUUGUCAAGGAAACUUUACCAAUAUGAAAUGCAUGUCUAUAGUUUGUGACUCACUGAUCCGUGCGAAAGGCCAAGAAGCCGUCAGUUUUAAGAUAUUUCUACUAAGCGUUUUUCAGAAGCUGGGGAGAUGAGUCAGCUGACAGAAGAAACACUUUGCAGGCCUGAGGCCCAGCAUUCUCCCUCUUGUACCUAGUAUGACCUCUCUCUCUUUCUCUCUCUCUCUCUGUCUCUCUCUCUCUCUCUCACACACACACACACACACACACACAUAAAAUGCAUUAAAAAAAAAUCAGUCGGGAGUCGGGCGGUAGCACAGUGGGUUAAGCGCACGUGGCGCCAAGCGCAAGGACCAGUGUAAAGAUCCUGGUUCGAGCCCCCGGCUCCCCACUUGCAGGGGAGUCGCUUCACAGGCGGUGAAGCAGGUCUCCAGGUGUCUGUCUUUCUCUCCCCCUCUCUGUCUUCCCCUCCUCUCUCCAUUUCUCUCUGUCCUAUCCAACAACACCGACAGCAAAAAAAAGCAAUAAUAACUACAACAAUGAUAAAAUGAGUCACUUCAAGGCUACUAAACUUGAUUUAAAUAAAAUUGGUGAAUUGGAGCUGGAGAGAUAGCUCAGUGCAUCAGAGCACAAUGGUUUGAUCCCUAGAAGCACCAUAUGCCAGAGCUGACCUCUCUCCCCCCCCUUCUCACUCUCUCUCUCUCUCUCUUUCAUAUACAUGUUUUUAAAAGGCUAGUGAAAAAUAUCAUGGUGGAUAGAAAGUACACCAAAAUUAGCAAAAUGUAAAGGAAAUAAUAUUUCAGUUUUUUUUUUUCUGAAAUGCCAAUGAGCAUAAAAAGAGAUGCCAUUUCCCUGAAAUUUAAUACCUGUAGGAUAUUAGGUAUAUAUCCACGUUCUGGUUUUGGCGUUUUGUUUUUUUCUUUUCUUUUUUAGAUUUCAUUAUCGUUUUAUUGGAGAGAUGUUGAUUUGCAGGGCUGUUGUCCUGAGGGUCAUGUUUUCACAUCUGUCUGACGUGGCUGUAUCAGUUCCUUUGACCGAGUCCUCACCCUCUUAGCCUCUAGAGUCCCAGCCCUCCCUUAGUUCUCCCUCCCCCUUCUGAGUAUCUGUAUCUGCAAUAAACUAGUCCACUGAGGAUUCACCAUGUAUUAUACUUUGUUUUGUUUCUUAGAUUCCAUUUAUGAGAGGAUAAUUCAAUAUUUGUUCUUCUCUUUCUGGAUUUUGUUGUUGUUUUUGGUUUUGUUUUUUUGCCACCAGGGUUAUUGCUGGGACUCAGUGCCUAUAUGACUCCACUGCUCCCACAUUCACAGCAAGCAGACUAUUUCUUUCCCUCCUUCUCUCCCUCCUUCCCUUCCUUCCUUCCUUCCUUCCUUCCUUCCUUCUCUUUCCUUUUGAUAGAAAGUGAGAGACUGAGGGAAAUAGAGAAGGAAGAGAGAGACUUACAGGAGAGAUACCUGGAGCACCACUCCAUCUAUCAUGAAACUUUCCCUUGAGUGUGGGAACCAGAGGCUUGAACCUGGGUCUUUGCACAUGGUGAAGUAUACUCUCUACUAGGUGAGCCAUUACCAUUAACUAGCCAUGACCCCUUCUUCUAUCUUAUUUUGCUCAACAUGAUUCUCUCUACUUCCAUCUAUGUUGUAGGCUAGGAAAGUAUACCAUUGUUUCAUACAAACUUUGUAGCAUUCCAUUGUGUAUAUAAGCCACAACCUCUUUAACCAGUCAUCUGCUUUGGCUAUCUGGCUUGUUUCCAAAUUUUGACCAUUAUAAACAGCAAUGCCGUGAACAUGGGUGUGCAUAGAAUUACUUUGUCACUGUUUCAUUAGGGAAACAUAAUAUAGUUGUUGUCACAUGGGUAUGAUUUUUCAUCUUUUCAGAGAGGUGUUUUUGUGUUCUUUGGAUAGAUGCCUAGGAAAGGAAUUGCUAGGUCACUUGGCAGGGCCAUUAUUAAUGUUUUCACAAAUCUCUAAACUUCCUGCUGUGAUUAUGAAAUUUGCAUUCCCGUCAGCAGUGUAGAAGGGUCCCUUCUGUCCACAUUCUUACCAGUGCUUGUUUAUGUCCUCUUUGAUGUAGGCCAUUCUCACAGGGGUGAGAUGGGAUCUCAUUUUUGUCUUGAUAUGCAUUUCUCUCAAAAUCAGUAAAUUUUGAGCAUUUUAAUAUUCCUGUUAGCCAACUGAAUAUAUCAGUGAAGUCUGUUCAUUUCUCCCCCCCCCAUUUUAAUAGGAUUGCUUUAUUGUUACCUAUUUUGUGAGUUCUUUAUGUAUUAUGGUUUGACACGGCAUAUAAAUAUCUUUUCCCAUUCCAUAGGGUUUCUCUGUUUGGGUGGUUGUGCCUUUUGCUGUGUAAAAGCUUUUCAGUUUGAUGUGAUCCCAAUGUUUUGAUAUUUUCUUUUCUUUUCUUUUUAUUGGACUCAAGUCUCCAAAGACAUUUCCUUACGCCAGUCCUUGAGCUUCAGGCCAAGUGCACCUAACCCGCUGCACUAUCACCCAGCCCUCAAAGAUGUUUCCAAAGCAGAUAUUAUAUUAUUAAAUUAUGUUUGAGAUAAACAGUUUCAAUUCCAUGGGAAAAAUAGUUUUUUUUUCUUAAAUACCUUAGAAACUUUCAACAUUUUUAAAUGAUACAUCCUUAUUCCUUUUAUUGGAAUAAAGAACUCAUUAGAAACAGCCAGCAACUGGUUUUAAUUACAUGUCUUCAGUUUAGAAUUUUUAUUCAAGUGUCCUAAAAAUGGAAGUUCUUUAUUAAUCAAAAUCAUCUCAUUCAGGAAAAAAAUCUCAUGAAGGAAAAUCUUCGAAGCAGCUUCUCCUUUCACUUGGGGGGAAGUGCAGUAGCGUUAUUUUGUUCAUUCUGUUACUGAAUAUGGGAGCAACAUGGAAAUCCAAAGCACGUUAAGUGGAAAGAAACAAAAACAGAUGUAAUAGUUUUAAUCAGUGCACAGGUGAAAGAAAAUAGUUAUUGUCCCAGGAAUAUAAAAUUUAGACAGACAGACAGACACACACACACACGCACACACACACACACACACACACACACACAGAGACACGCACACACUUCUGAAACACUUAACCUAUCAGUUAAUAUCUCCACCUUCUCUAGUAACCAAAAGAUCUUAACUGAGUGAGGCACACAUUUGCUGUAUUUUAUUGUAAUUCAUAUUGGAGACAACUCUUUGGAGGAAUACCUAAAUUUCCUUUUUAAUAAGGAGGCAGAUCAUAAGAUCCCAAAUUAGAGACUUCUUAUUGGUCUUCACAGAAAGAUGUAUUCUGAGCAGCAUAAGCGAAAAAGACUUGUCAGGUCAAGGAGUCAGUGCUCUGCUGAAGUGCCUUUGAUAUAGAUUUGCUUUAUUAGAAGGAUAUAGCAUCUUUCUUGAAUGUGCAUUUUCCUUCUGUCAAAUCAAACAGGUGUGCAGUUUUUUUAAUAGAACUCUAGUGUUUCAAGUUGGAACAAUGAAUUUUGCAUGCAAGCACCCUUUCUCUUUUGUGUACCCUUUUUAUAAUCCUGUGCAUAUUAAUACCUAGUUUAUGUUGGAAUGGAGUUAGAAAGCAGUAGGGUGUCGUACUUCAAUACUUUAAGUGUUUAUUUUCUCACCUUUAGAUAAAAAAAAUGUUUCAUCUCUCUGUUUGAUAAAAGAAUAACCAUGAUGAUAAAGGAUACUGUCAUUCUGGUAUGCCCUUAUUCCUUCUUGUAUAACCAAAAUAAAUAAAUAAUGUAUUCCCAAUGGCUUUAUAGAGCCAUUCUUUUUGUCUCCAAAUAAAACCUUAUCUUUUUUUAAAAAAACAAACAAACAAACAACAAAACCACUGCACAUUCUGUUCUCAACUUGGAAGUAUAGGCAGUUUAUCUUUUCUGAUAAAAAAUGUGUAACUUCUCAUUUGUGAGUAGUCCACAAAAUUCCUGGAAAAAAAAAAAAGCUGAAGCCAUCUACUUUUUCUUAUCCAAGUGAUAAGAAAACUACAAUAUUCGCAAAUUUCAUAGAUUUUUAAAUUGAAAACCGACAGUUUUUUGCAAGUGUAAACUUAGAGAACUUUGCUCACAGAUUGUUACCAUUUGUGGAUCCUUUGUAUUCUUUGGAUAUAUCUUAAAAGCAAAAUUAUCCCUUGAUGAACUAAUGAAGUCAUUUACUAAAGCACAGUUAUAUGUAUUUUUGAAUACAUAUUAUGAUCUCGAGACUUUAUACAAUUCAUUUUAAAACCCAUUUUUAUGUCAUUUAUGCAGUUGUCUAAGGAUUACACCCUUUUAUAAUACACAGUAUACCACAGAGGUCACAAAUGUUGGGGGAAUACAAGUACUUCUUUGCUUGGGCAAUCAUUUCAGAUCACUUUUCAUAUGUUUGAAUCCUCUGGUGUCCAUCCAUGUAGAGUUUUCAAGAUUUGUUAGUCAUAUAUUGUCCCUCAAAACUUCCCAAAUAGGUAAAGAACAAAGUUACAUACUCAUUUAGAGGAAGUUGCUUAUUCCUUUCUCCGUGUACUGGCAUUGCAAAGAAUUCAACUGUGUUGACUGCCAUCUCUUCCCAAUUUUGACUUUUUUUUUUCUAUUUCAAAGUAUUUCUAUAUCUUAAUUCAUCAGAGGAAUCUCACCACUCAGCAAUGUAUUGCCAUUGUUGCUGUAUUUACUGCUCAAAACUGUAACAAUCUGAAAUGUGUAAAAUGUUAAACAUAGACCAUUAAAGAUACUCGAAAGAUGUA